AAAGUGUGCUAGUGCUUUUCGAGUUAGAUUAGUUUUGCUUUAAAUCGAAAACACGCAAGAUGAUGUUCUAUCACAGAAUUUCUAAACUUUGAUAUCUAUAAAUUCGGAUGUGGUUUAUUACGAAUUCACAGUUGUCUGACCACGAGGUCGUCGGGUGUCGUCCUAUCCAAGCCAACUCGCUUAGUAUAAAUAGUCGACAAUAAAAGGAAAAUUGGCACAUUGAAUUGUUUCUGUAAUGCCCGCGUCUUUUCUGAACCAUUAGACAUGCCCAACAGCACAAUAUUCAGAGGAUUUCUAACUGUCAACAAGUAACAGCGUCCACAGAGGCCAUCUGCACUCUAACCUAAAAGCACGUGUACUCAAACGGUGAGCGUGCAAGUGAGAGAGAAAGUGAAGAGUACGGUGGAAAGUACAGCAAGGAUUCACACUCACUUGGAUUCAUUUGACGUGAACAGCUGUUGCUGUUGCGCCCUUUCAGCAUGGCAACAACAGCCGACCAAGUGAUGGCACCUGCCCUGGUCCCGACCACCAAUGGACAACAAUCGAAGCUGAGUGUCGGACCUAUAUUGCAACCGAACGGCACGACCUUAAACUCAGAAUCCAAUCCAAAAAAGAAAAAAGAGCAGAAACAGCAUCAAUCGGAGAGCAUCGUAAAAGCACCUUCUCUCAAGCUAAAUGAAAUGUCCAAUCUAAAAACGAAAUUGGGAUCUGUGCCCAGCGCAAAGGAAACUCGGGUCUAUAAAAUUGUCCUAACUGGCGGUCCAUGCGGUGGAAAAACCACUGGCCAGAGUCGUCUAUGCACGUUCUUUGAGAAUCUGGGAUGGAAGGUAUUCCGCGUGCCUGAAACGGCUACAGUUCUACUCAGCGGAGGCGUCAAGUUCUCAGAUCUAACCGAAGAUGAGGACCCGCUCACGCCAAGCACCUUCGUUCACAAAGAGCUGCCUUUUGCUGCACCGGAGCACAGCAUGAUCGAUCUGACUGCAUCCUGUCCACGUUGCCUGGCCAAUGCUGCCUCCAAACCCUAUGUCAACGAAGCUUAUAAGUUUCAGGAGAACUUGAUCCGUACUAUGGUGCAAAUUGAGAAUACCUAUUUUGAGCUGGGUAAUUCGAGCACGCGCAACUGUUUGAUCAUCUGCGAUCGUGGCGUUAUGGAUGCCAGUGCAUAUAUCCGCAAGGAUAAAUGGGAGGAAAUGAUGGCAAGCAAUCAAUGGAAUCCAGUUGAGAUGCGCGACAAUCGCUAUAAUCAAAUCUUGCAUCUGGUCUCAGCUGCCAAUGGCGCUGAGGACUUCUACUCCACAGAGGAUCACGCCUGUCGCUCUGAGGGCGUUGAGCUGGCCCGUGAGCUGGAUUACAAGUCGGCGGCUGCCUGGGUGGGCCAUCCCUAUUUCGAUGUGAUAGACAAUUCCACCAAUUUUGAGACGAAAAUGAAUCGCAUGAUUGAAUCCGUGUGCCAAAAGCUGGGCAUCGAUACGCGCGAUCGUUUGCAAGCUACCUCAAGGAAGCUCAAAUUCUUGGUUAAGGGCUUGCCGCCUGAUAGCGUAUUCCCGGCGUUCCAGGACUUCGACGUUGAGCAUCGUUAUCUACUGUCGGGUGGACCCAAUGUACAGGCGCGUCUGCGCAAACGCGGCCAGAAUGGUCACUGGAGCUAUAUACAUACGCAGCGUCGUCCCGAUGUGAAUAACCGGGAGCGCAUUGAGGUCAAGACUCAGCUAACGCAUCGUGACUACAUAAAUUUGCUGGCCCAGAAAGAUGAGGCGCACUUUACCAUCUAUAAGACGCGUCGCUGCUUUUUGAUCAACAAUCAAUAUUUCCAACUGGAUAUCUACAAGGAGCCAUGUCAUCCACGCUGCAAAAACUUGAUACUAUUGGAGACGUACUCCUCGUUGUCCGGCGAUGCGCUGCAGAAAUGUAUGCCCACCUUUUUGAAUAUUGUGAAGGAGGUUACCGGCGAUCCGGAAUACUCAAUGUUCAAUCUGUCAUUACGAGAGGACUGGAAAACCUGCCGGUCGACGGCGCAUGCUCCUAAAAAGGGCGACACAAAGGGCGUAGCACCCAAUCCAACGGUGCUCAAUGGGCAUUAGAAACUAGAAUCUCUACUAAAUAUAUAUAUAUAUACACACACACACACACCUAUGACCACACAACCCUAACAAGCGACCAUUUUACCAUAAUCUAAUUAAUAAGAGAACAAUUCUAUCUAUAUAAAUAUUUGUAAAUUGGGCUUAAGACCUUCGUUUGGCCAUCAAAAUUAUUCAAUAAUUUGUAUAAUAAAUAUCACUAAUUAUGAUUAAUUAUAAUUAUGCCACUUUUGUUACCCUACCUCGCGCUAAAUUUUCAUUCGUUACUUAUUUGUGUGUACUUAAAAAACACAAUUGUGGAUUUGCUCAAUUGUGUUACCAAAGUGCAGAGUCUAGUGUAAUUAAGCAGCAAAUUAAUCAAUAUAUGUAUAUAUAUAAGAUUGUAUGUGUGCAUUGAUUGUACUUAAUUUUUAUGUUUCGUUUGCCCGCCAUAACCCAUACAUGGCCAAUAACAAUAUAUAUAAGCUGUAUGUGUAAAUGUAAAAGUGUAUUUGUUGUUUUAGUUGUAUUUCGUGUGUGUGUCUAUGCAGCGAUUGCUAUAUUUAAUGCUAAUGCAACAACAAAAACACUUUAAAAAAUCAUGUUUCCUUUGUAAACCUUUUUAGGAAAAAAAAAUAAAAUAAAAUAAAUUACCUAUGAGAAGACCACCAAAAACAAAAAA